GGACAGACACGUCACAGUGAUCAUAGCCAUUUCACGUUUCUUUCACCCCUUGGGUGCCACUUCUGAAGGAUCCUUCAGUGGGUAGCCAUCCUCGUCCUCGUUAGAGCUCUGGGAAGGAAGGUGGCAGAGAGACAGGGCCAGUCUGCCCGACCAAGCGAGGUUCUAGUCCAGCUCCAUGGCCCCAGGGGGCCAGCAGUAGAAGAUGGCAGGUGGAGGCCGUGAUCUCAGCUGCAGGCUGUUCACUGGGGACCAAAACCCAGGGGAGCAGAAUGUGGAGGAGCAGCUUUUCUAUGAGUUCAUUUUCAGGUUCUUCAAAGAAAAUAAGGUGGAGAUUGCGAGUGCAAUAAGGAAGCCAUUUCCCCUUUUUAUGUGCCUACGAGACCGAGGCCUUCUCCCUGAACAGCUGUUUGGACAUUUUCAAGAAGCUUGUAUAAACCUGGUCCCCGUGGAGACAGUGGCAUAUAAAGUGCUCAGUGAGCUGGAGAAGAGAUUUGACAAGACAGUUCUGGAGGUAUUGUUCAGCAAGGUGAACCUGGAGGCGUAUCCUGCUUUACUUGAGGUUUUCAGAAACUUCCAAAAUGCGAUUCAUGAGUACUUCAGUUACCAAGCUAUUGAUGAGGAAGAGACAAAGGAGAUACUUAACUCCCAACACAUCUGUGGACAAGAUGCCACCCUACCUGGAGCUGGAAUUCAACAGUGUCUCAGUAAUGGACAGCAGAUAAGUACAAAGGAAGAAGAUCCACCUCUUGACCCAAAUAUUUCAAUAAAAAUCCAGGACAUGACAAAUGAACCUGCCCAAGAAUCUCAACAAGCAGUGUGUUGUAAAUACUCACCUGUCCACAUGAAUGAUGUAAGAGGGACAGAAGAUAGACCCGGCUUAUUGCCACAUGAUGGACAGGCCAUAAAUUCAGACGUCCUUGGGAUUUUAUUUUCUUCUGAAGAGGACAGCAAGGCCUGCUGUAUGACUUGUGAUGGAAAACAGCCUCAGGAAGCCUUGAAUUCCCCACCAACAUAUGAGCCAGUUUCCUGUGAGCAUGAAGACCUCCAAAGGACUAGUGGUGAGGAUUCUGAAGAGAUACCCAAACUGCUACCAGUUAAUGGGGGAGAUCUACAAAUGGGUGGAGCAGGAGAAUCAGAAGAAAUGCCCACCUUACUGCCUUAUGAUGGAGAAGUGACCUGUGAUUUUGAAGUUUCAGAGUUGACUAGCCUAGAAGUAGACAAGGUGCUCAGCUUCCUACCUGCUGAAGGAGAAGAGGACAGCAAUGUCUGUUGGGAUCUCAGUGAUGGAGAAGAGCUCCAGGAGACCUUGAGCCUCCCACCCAGAGGUGAGCCAGUGUCCCAUGAACCUGAAGCUCCUCAAAUGACCAAAGAGAAACCAGGGGAGGUGUCCAGCCACCUACUAUGUAAUGAAGAAGUAGCUGGUGAACUGGAAGCUCCCCAAAUGGGAGGGGAAGGAGAAUCUGAAGAGCUUACCUCUAGCCUACCACCCUGUGAUGAACAAGAAGAUGAAUCAGGAUGUCCAGAAGCAAGAACUGAAAGCAGCCAAGCACAGGACACAGAAGAUACUGUGGAUCUUGGAAACAAUUCUACUCUGGGGAAACUCAAGAGGAAAAGAAGAAAAAAGAAAGGACAUGCCUGGACAAGAUAUAGAAGGAAAUGGCAAAGAAACAUACAUCAAGGAGAAUCAGAGCCACCAGCACAUGGAAAUGAGAUGUGUUCCUGUGUUAUGUGCUUCUCAAAAGAUGUGCCAGGAGGUCAGGAGCCAAGCAGUGGAAGGAAUCAAGAUCCUGUGGAUCUUGGAAACAACUCUACUUUGGGAAAACUCAAGAAAAAAAGAAGAAAAUAUAAAGGGCAUGCCUGGACAAGAUAUAGAAAGAAACAGCAGAGAAACAUACAUCAAGGAGGGUCAAGAAAGCACAGAGAUAACACUGUGAAUUUUUGCUCUGCAAUACUUCCUGUGACCUGUAGACAGGCCAAAGGCAUGUUAUAUAAGAAGAAAUUGAAACAAGGAGUCAUGAGGAAGUGCAUACAGAGUGAGGAUGGAAAUUGGUUCACUCCCAGAGAGUUUGAAAUCAAAGGCGGCAGUGCAAGAUGCAAGGACUGGAGGCAGAGUGUGUGCUGUGGCGGGAGAACCCUACGAUGGCUGAUGGAGAAAGGAUUUCUCUAUAAUCCUCCAAGAAUAUAUGAAGGGAGAGAAAAGCGGAGAAUAUCAAACUCUCACAACAGUAUCUUAGCUGACCUGUGUCUGAAUAACUCAGAUGUAUGUGAGAUCUGCCUGGAUGGAGGAAUGCUCUUCUGCUGUGACACAUGUUCCAGAUCCUUUCAUGGCUACUGCCACCUUCCACCUGUGGAGACUGAGAGGAGCCCGUGGAGUUGCAUCUUCUGCAGGAUAAAGGAGUUUUCAGGAAGUCAGCAGUGCAUCAGGGAAUCUGAGGUCCUGGCGAGGCCAAUGGGGCCUGAGGAACAGCUGAAAUGUGAGUUCCUCCUCUUGAAAGUAUAUCGCCAUCCAGAGAGCUCAUAUUUUGCGAAGAUUCCAUAUUAUUAUUAUGUCAAAGAAGUGUCUGAAAACCUAAAGGAACCCAUGUGGUUGGACAAAAUCAAGAAUACGCUACUAGAGCACGGUUACUCCCAAAUAAACGGGUUUGUGCGGGACAUGCGCCUCAUCUUUCAGAACCACAGGGCAUCGUACAAGUACAAUGACUUUGGCUUAAUGGGCCUUAGACUGGAGGAGAAAUUUGAGAAGACUUUGAAGGAAGUGUUUGCUAUUCAGGAAACAAAUGGAAGCAGUUCACCGGUAUACUGAAUGCUGCUGGUACUGCAGGAAAUCACCCUUGGGGGCUGACUUGUCAUUUUGUGGCUGCUGUGAGGGUUGGCUGCCAAUCUACCUCUGAGUGGCAUGACUCAUGCUCCCCACUCAGCUCAGGCUGGAGCUAGUCCCAGCUGUGACCAGAUCCUCGCUUAGCUUUCCACCAUGCAUGCUAUCCUGCUCCCCUGACCGCUCCUUCUCCUGAGAGAUUUCUCACAAUAAAUGACUGACUG